AGAGGUGAGGAGCCAGAGCUGCAGUGACAGCCAGGGCGCAAUGAGGAUGGUAGGAGGUGGUCAGUCUGUCACCCCCUGGCCCAAGAGUGGUCAGUGUGGUAAGUCACCUUGAUCCCUUCAGACCAGGCUUCUCAGCCCUGGGAAGAUCCCAGAGCCUCAGGGUCCCCGUGUGCUGGAGCAGGGCCAGGCCCAGGAACGAGCACAUGAGUCCCCUGGCCCCCCAGUCUUGGCGUCCUUGCAACAGCAACAAGGCCACAGAGAACCAUGGACAGGUGGCUGACCAACCCCUGAGUCUCUGGGGCUUGCUGGAGGAACUGUUGUGACCCCCGUGCCCGACUGGCAAUUUCAUUCCUCCCUCCUUUUGAGAAAAACUACCCACACCCUUACCACCAUUUCCACAUCACAAAUGAGGACACCAAGGUGCAGAGUGGUGACACACCCCACCCAGGGCCACCCAGCUGUUCCUGCUCAUAAUCCAAGACUCCAUGAGGAAGCAGGAGAUGCGGCCGGGUGGGGAGGCCAACCAGAUCCACGAUGCCAGCUCCCCGGCUGAGCAGGUCAAGGCCCUUGUAGACCUGCUGGCUGGGAAAGGGAGUCAGCUUGGUCAGAAUCUAUCAGCCCCUGACAGGACACGAGACUCACCACAAGCAUCCCACAACAAAGGUAAGACCCACCUCGGAGGCCAGGGGAGGGGCUCACAAGGGCCACCUCCCCUUGCUCUCGGCCCUUACCGGCCCUGCUCUCUGGCCUGUUGGCUUGUAGACUCUGGAAUACAGAGGCACCGGGAGGCUCUGCUGAGCAGGGCAGGAAGCAGUCUGGAGCUGGGAGGCUCUGCAGAGCGGCUGACUAGCCUCCUGCUGGUGGACGGCCUGACAGACCUACAGCUACAGGAGCACGACUUCACCCAGGUGGAAGCCAUGCGUGGGGGCUGGCGCCCAGCCAGGACCAUCACCCUCGACAGGCUGUUCCUGCCUCUGUCCCAAGUGUCUAUCCCACCCCGUAUCUCCAUCACGGUCGGGGUGGCUGGCAUGGGCAAGACCACCCUGGUAAGGCAUUUUGUCCAUCUCUGGGCACGAGGACAGGUGGGCAAGGACUUCUCGCUGGUGUUGCCCCUGACCUUCCGGGACCUCAACAUCCACGAGAAGCUGUCUGCAGACAGACUCCUCUGCUCCAUCUUCCCAAAUGCUGGCUUGGCAGUGACGGCCACCGCCAGGGUCCUCUUGGUCCUGGAUGGCUUAGAUGAGUGUAAGACGCCACUGGACUUCUCCAACACCGUGGCCUGCACAGACCCAAAAAAAGAUGUCCAGGUGGACCACCUGAUUACCAACAUCAUCCGAGGCAACCUUUUUCCAGAUGUUUCCGUGUGGAUCACCUCCCGCCCCAGUGCGGCAGGCCAGAUCCCAGGAGGCCUUGUAGACAGAAUGACAGAGAUCCGGGGCUUCACUGGGGAAGAAAUCCAGGCGUGUCUGGAACAGGCCUUCCCCGAGGACCAGGCCCUCCUCGGCCAGGUCCUGAGCCAGGUGCAGAUGGACAAGGCCUUGUACGUGAUGUGUACCAUCCCAGCAUUUUGCAAGCUCACUGGGGUGGCACUGGGUCACCUGUACAGCAGUAGACUGGCACUCCAUGACACAGAGCUGGGGCCCCCACAGACCCUAUGUGAACUCUACUCUUGGUACUUCAGAAUGGCUCUCAGCAGGGAGGGCCAGGAAAAGGGCAUGGUGAGCCCACGGAUUGAGCAGGUAGCCCCCAGCACUCGCAAGGUGGUAGGGACAUUGGGUCGGCUGGCCUUCCAUGGGCUGCUCAAGAAGAAAUACGUGUUUUAUGAGCAAGACAUGAAGGCAUUUGGUGUGGACCUCGCCCUGCUGCAGGGCAGCCUGUGCAGCUGCUUCCUGCAGCGGGAAGAGACGCUAGCCUCCUCGGUGGCCUACUGCUUCAGCCACCUGUCCCUACAGGAGUUUGUGGCAGCUAUAUAUUACUACAGUGCGUCCAGGAGAGCCAUCUUUGAUCUCUUCACCGAGAGUGGCAUGUCCUGGCCCAGGCUGGGUUUCCUGGCACAUUUCAGGAGUGCAGCCCAGCGGGCUAUGCAGGCUGAGGAUGGAAGGCUAGACGUUUUCCUGCGCUUCCUCGCAGGCCUCUUGUCUCCACGGGUCAAUGCCCUGCUGGCUAGCUCCCUGCUGGUCCAAGGCGAGCACCAGGCCUACCAAAUCCAAGUGGCUGAGCUCCUAAAGGGGUGCCUGCGCCCCAACACUGCAGUCUGUGCUCGUUCAGUCAAUAUCCUGCACUGCCUGCAUGAGCUACGGCACACAGAGCUGGCUCGCACUGUGGAGGAGGCCAUGCAGAGCGGGGCGCUGGCCAAGCUGACAGGACCCUCGCACCAGGCUGCCUUGGCCUACCUCUUGCAAGUGUCAGACACCUGUUCCCGAGAGAUGAACCUGUACCUCGGUCAGGGAGUUUUGCAGAGUCUCCUGCCCCAGCUUCUCUACUGCCAGGCCCUCAGGCUGGACAAUAACCAGUUCCAGGACCCCACGAUGGAGUUGCUGAGCAGCGUGCUCAGUGGGAAGGACUGUCACAUUCAGAAGAUCAGCCUGGCUGAGAACCAGAUCAGUAACAAAGGAGCCAAAGCUCUGGCCAAAUCUCUGCUGGUCAACAGAAGCCUGAUUGCUCUAGACCUACGCAGCAACACCAUCGGACCCCAGGGGGCCAAGGCCCUGGCGGACGCUCUGAGGAUUAACCGCACCCUAGCCUCUCUGAGCCUCCAGGGCAACAGGAUCAGGGAUGAUGGUGCCAAGUGCAUGGCUGAGGCCCUGGCCUCCAACCAGACCCUCUCUGUGCUACAUCUACAGAACAACACCAUUGGGCUCAUGGGAGCUCAGCGGAUGGCAGAUGCCUUGAAGCAGAACAAGAGUCUAAAGGAGCUCAUGCUCUCCAGUAACAGCAUUGGUGAUGAAGGUGGAAAAGCCCUGGCUGAGGCUCUAAAGAUGAACCAGGUCCUGCAGAGCUUGGAGCUGUGCCAGGUGGCUCCCUCCGGGCCCUGGGCCAGCCACACCAAGGGUGCCCUGUCUUCUGUCUGCAGCCUGCAGAGUAAUUCCAUCAGUGACACUGGAGUGGCAGCACUGAUGGGGGCCCUCUGCACCAACUGGACUCUACUCAGCCUCAACUUGCGAGAAAACUCCAUCAGCUCGGAGGGAGCCCAGACCCUGGCUCGUGCACUCUGUGUGAACAGCACCCUGCAGCACCUAGACCUGACAGCCAAUCUCCUCCAUGAUGAAGGCGCCCAGGCCAUUGCAGUGGCAGUGGGAGAAAACCAUGCCCUCACAUCCCUCCAUCUGCAGUGGAACUUCAUCCAGGCCGGUGCAGCCAGGGCACUGGGACAAGCACUCCAGCUCAACAGAAGCCUGAGAAGCUUAGACUUACAGGAGAAUGACAUUGGGGAUGAAGGCGCAUCUGCAGUGGCCAGCGCACUCAAGGUGAACACAGCCCUCACUGCUCUCUACCUCCAGGUGGCCUCCAUUGGCACCCCAGGGGCCCAGGCCCUGGCGGAGGCCCUGGCUGUGAACAGGACGUUGGAGAUACUUGACUUACGAGGAAAUGCCAUCGAGGCAGCAGGAGCCAAGGCUCUGGCAAAUGCUCUGAAGAUGAACUCCAGUCUCCAAAGACUCAAUCUCCAGGAGAACUACUUAGGGAUGGAUGGAGUGCUAUGUGUGGCCACUGCGCUGGCUGAGAACCAUGGGCUGCAGCAAAUCAAUCUGCAGGAAAAUCUCAUUGCAGAAUCUGGUGCCAGGAUGAUCUCAGAUGCUAUCAAGACAAACACACCCACAUGCAUUGUGGAAAUGUGAGGAAAGUUAGCUCCUUUGUGGACCAAGCAGAAAGGGGAAUCUCCAAUCACUAGGCACCACCUCAUGCUUUAAGGAUGCCGCUGCCCCAGCACAAGAGCAGUUCUGCCCAGAGAAAGGCAAGGCACUACCAAAGGAGGUCACAGGCACCUCUCCUGCCCAGGGCCAGUCCAGACAGGGUAGAUGGACAGACACUGCUAUGGCACAGAGAAGUAAAGAGGCUGCUACCACGAGACUCAGACUAAGCUUAAAAGCUCAGUAAUACCAGAAGAUGUUCCAGCUUAUUUAUAUCUGAGGGCUUCAUGUGUCCUGACUUAAAAACAAUUACUAUUUCUUCCCUUUUUUAUUCAUGCAAAAAAAGUUCUGAAAUGAGUUGCUAUCUUUAGGGCCUAGUGUCUAUAGACACAUGAAAUUCCAGGACAUUUGUGAAGAUUAAUGUAGGGUUAAUUCUAAGAUUCUGGAGAGGAACAAGAUUUCCAAGGGCUUGCCUCUCCUUAUCCAUUGUAGAUAUCUCAGAUACAAUGUCUGCCACAAUGUUAUUUGUAUACUGGCAUGCUUGUUAUCAUAGAAUAAAUGCUGUUGUUCUAAUAAUGUUAUCCUGUAUUAGGCUUCCCAAAUCUAUAGCUUCCCUAUAGUGAGAGAAGCAAGCUGAGUUUUUCUGUGGUAAAUUUUCUUUGCUGAGUUAAAAAGGAGAAAUCCAAGCAACAUCACAACAUUCAUCAAUUACAAGCUUAUAAAGACUACUUAGAAAUUUGGGGAGAUAUCAGUGUUCU